AUGACAACCUCCAUCCCACAAACCAUGAAAGGUGUCUUGAUUGAAAAAACUGGUGGUGUGGAAGUUUUAGAUUAUAGAACAGAUUUGCCGGUUCCGAUUCCUAAGGAGGGAGAGGUGUUGGUUAGGAAUGAGUUCGUGGGGGUUAAUUAUAUUGAUACCUAUUUCCGCACCGGUCUCUAUCCCUCCCCUAAACCCGAAAUCCUCGGCCGCGAAGCAGAAGGAACCCUCGUAUCUCUUGGACCCUCCACCUCCGCUCCCUCCAACCUACAAAUCGGCAAUCGAGUAGUCUACAUGUCAACAUCCACCUACGCCGAAUACACCAGCGUUCCCGCCUCCAAAAUCCACUCUAUCCCCUCCUCCCUCUCCCCAGGCAUCGCCGCCGCCUCUCUCCUCCAAGGUCUCACCGCCUUAACCCUCAUCCGCGAAGCAUACCAUGUGCAACGCGACGAUUGGAUCCUUGUGCACGCGGCAGCGGGUGGAGUAGGUCUUUGGUUAUGUCAGUUGUUGAGGGUGGUUGGGGCGAAGGUUAUCGCGACGGCGAGUUCGAAGGAGAAAUUAGAAUUAGCGAGGGUGAAUGGGGCGACGGUGGGUAUUAAUAAUAAAGAGGAGGAUAUUGUGAAGAGGGUGUUGGAGAUUACGAGGGGUGAGGGGGUGAAGGCGGUUUUUGAUAGUGUGGGGAAAGAUACUUUUGAGGGGGAUUUGGAGGUUACGGCUAGGAAGGGAACGGUGGUUAGUUUUGGUAAUGCGUCCGGUGCCGUCCCCCCAUUCCUCAUCUCUAAACUCUCAGCCAAAAAUCUCAAAGUUCUCCGUCCAACACUCUUUGGCUAUAUCGCCACACGCGAAGAAUUCGAGAGGUACACUAGCGAACUUUUUGAUUUUAUUGUGAAGGAUAAGUUGAAUGUGAGGAUUCAUGAAAUUUAUCCGUUGGAAGAGGUAGGGAGGGCGCAUCAGGAUAUUGAGGGGAGGGGAACGACGGGGAAAUUGUUGUUGAGGGUUUAG